AUGGACGGGAGUGGCAGAGGGAUUGUGCGGCUUCUGAAUGUGGAGUCCUUGCCUGAUAGGCCUUUCCAGCAUAGCAUGUUCUCGAACGACAGCUGUGCUGGCCAGUGUGGGCAGCAGUGGUACAACAGGAACUGGUCCAGCUUGAUCGGCGCUGGCACCGGCACCUUCGGAUUCUUCGAUGCUGGUGGAGAGCUACAGAGUGGGCAGAGCUUGCACGACGCAUUGCUGGGCGGUUACGAGCCCACCACCAACACGUCCCUAGACGCCUACAUGCUCGACAUGUCGACUUUGCUCGAGGCAGUUGGGGCCUAUCAGACAGUCGGCAACACUACAAGCCCGCUCCCAAGUACGAGCUCAAGCACCACGACCAGCACCUCCACAACAACAACGACGCUGGCAGCGCACUUGCUUGUUGGUGCCAGCAUUGUCAUGAGCGAGCCAUCUUGGCUCUUCCACGACACCACCUGGAGGGCAGCAGACGGUGUGCGUGCGUUGGCGAAGCAAGUGACGAUCCUGCCGGAUGUGACGCUCACGAUCGAAGGAGAUGCCAAUUCCACAGCGGUUUUGUCCUUCGUGCACGGCAGCGCCGGCAUCAUGCUCUACUCUGGCGCCCGGCUGGUGGUGCGGCAUGCGGCUUUCUACACGCCCUUCCGAGGCUGGCGUCACCUGGAUGGCGUUCCGAGCUCCGAAAGGCCCCCGGCGAUCACCGGAGUGCGCUUCGAAGGUGCCGGGACCGUGGUGAUGGAUCAUGUCAUCUGCGAGGGCUUGAAGCAUUGCCUGCUUCUGAGCGACGGCAAGGACGCGACAGUGACGAUCACCAACAGCUUGUUCAUGGAUACCUACCAGGCCAUCUACGAUCGUGGCUGGGUGACGACACCAAGGACAGUCAAGAGCUCGGUCUUCUUCCGCAAUGACAUGGGGGCCAGCUUGGAUUGCCGGACCUGCCGCAUCGAAGGCAGUCUCUUCCUCCAGAACAACAUUGGAGUGGACAGCCGACGCGGCGCGCAGUACAGCAAUUCUGCAUUCGUCCAGAAUGGGCAGGCUGUGUACUGCAGAAGCUCGUGCUGGCAAGUCUUUGAGGAUCUGCUGUUCUUCAAGAACGACAUCGCCUACGUGACCGGGGGUGGUACUUGGAGAGACGCUACCUUUCUGGACAACCGCAUCAGCAUGAGCAUUGGAGUGGCAACUACAAAUAUUCAACGGAUGAACUUCCUCGGGUCAGCAGAGGACUAUCACUUGUACUACACCGGAACUGCGCUCUACGACCUGGAUGUGUCGUCCAUCUGCUGGAACACAACCUCGGUGGACGUGGUGCAGUCCAAGAUCUACGACGCCAUGGACGGGAGUGGCAGAGGGAUUGUGCGGCUUCUGAAUGUGGAGUCCUUGCCUGAUAGGCCUUUCCAGCAUAGCAUGUUCUCGAACGACAGCUGUGCUGGCCAGUGUGGGCAGCAGUGGUACAACAGGAACUGGUCCAGCUUGAUCGGCGCUGGCACGGGCACCUUCGGAUUCUUCGAUGCUGGUGGAGAGCUACAGAGUGGGCAGAGCUUGCACGACGCAUUGCUGGGCGGUUACGAGCCCACCACCAACACGUCCCUAGACGCCUACAUGCUCGACAUGUCGACUUUGCUCGAGGCAGUUGGGGCCUAUCAGACACUAGGCAUCAGUACCACCACCUCCACAGCGUUCACCAUGACGAUGACGACGACGAGUGCCCCAGACCUGUGCGCCACCCCAGGGCAGUGCGUGGUGUACAACGGCUACGAGUACCGGACCUUGGACGGCACCUUCCCAGACAGCACUUCUGCAGGAUACCAGGAUUACUGGCUGCCUCUGCCGGAUGGCUGGGAGAUCGCUCCGUGGGAGGAGGAUGUGCGGGCUGUGGCGGAGGGACACCCGUGGGGCGCGCACCGCAUCGUGCACAGCAGCACCACCCGCGAGCACUGCAGCUGCACUCCCCUUUACACCUCCUGUGAGUGCUCUUGGGGCAGCGGCCGGGUCUACGCCACUCGGACGAUCGACAACGUCACGGAGUACAAGACCAACCACAACGACCGCAUCUUGAUCCGGCAGGUCCGCACCAUCGUGGACAACAUCACAUUCUGGCGGAACGUGGAAGGGAUGGAAGAGGCGCUGGAGGUUCGCCUGGGGGGCCGCAUCGUUCUCCCAGAGCUUACGAGCUCUCUGAACCUAACAGAGUUUUCCUUCGCUUCUUUGCGAAACUCCCUGCUGUUGGGAGUGCACCUUUUCGUGCAUGGGGACCGUGAAGGCUUGGGCGUGGACGUGUUGAACCGUUUAGGGAACUGGUCGGUGGGCUCUAGUUCCAGAGUGAGUUGGUGGUCCUGGCCGCAGCUCCAAAUGGGAGAUGGCUUCAGCUUUCAAGGCUUAGCUCCAGCAAUUCUGGAAGUACGGAAUGCAGUCUUCGGCGUCCCGGAAAGCUCUUUACCUAUGGGUGUGGAUGGGCUCUAUAGCGACCGGUUCACGGGCCAGAGCGUGGCCUGGACCAUCCCGUUUGGCCAGGGCCGGCUCACCUACGUGGGCUUCGACUACUUCGCCCGUGAUCAGAAGGGCUACUACCCCGGCUGGACCGAGCUGCUGGAAGGCGGCCUCAGCUGCGAGAGAGAGAACUCCACCGAUGCCAACUCCGACGCCUCUUCUUCAGUCCCGUCCGUCCUCGAGAUGACGUGUGGCAGCCAGGCUGUGGGUUCCACGGUCGGCCGGCCACAUCGGCUCGGGGGGCCAAGCGGAGAUGCUCAGCACAGCUUCUGCUUUGAGAACGACGACUGGGCCGAAGUACAGUUCAGCACCUGCGACUCAUCCUUUGAUACUUGGUUGCUUGGGAAGCUACAGCAGCUGCUCCACGUGCAGGGACCUGGCGUGUCCCGAUCCUGCGAUGACUGUGGUAGAUGCGGCCUGCAGUCUGUGAUGAAGGUUUGGAUACCUCCGCGGAGCCACCGCAAUUCAGGCAAUUCGAACAGUUCAGGCUGCUACGAUGUGGUUGUGGAUGGGUUCUGGCGGGCAGAAGGCAGCUACCAACUUGAAGCAAGCUGUUGCACCAGUGAGAUGUGCAGCGGCCAUGGUUGGAGUAGGCACAUUUCCUCGAGCUUGGCCAUCUCCUUGCCCUCGAGGCUCACCAAUGCCACGUGCUACUGUGAUUGCUGGUGGCCCUAUGCAGGACUUAGGUGCAACGAGUGCCAGGCCUCCUCGCUGAAGACCUACAUCAACGGCUCCUGCGAAAACUGCUUCUCCUCGGCGAAAGCCGAGCUCGUCGCGCUGCACCACUCGAACCUCACCUGGGCCAGGCCUUCUGCUUACGCGAGUUGCGUGCGCGACAUCCACAUCAGCUACUGGAUGAGCGGCUGGUGGGAUGCCCGGAUCCAAGUGCAGGAUGACAGAGGAGAAGUAGAGCUGGAGAUCGAUUCCUGUGGCAAGUGGUCGUGGUCGUCGUGGUCCCAGCUGUACAUCACCGGGAACGGGCAGCCCAUCGGGUCUGUGACCUGUGCACCCAGCAUCGAAUGCACUGCACUGAGUUUCCCGCAGAGCCACGAAAGCCCACUUGUUGCGAUCCACAUGUUCCACUGGGACUCGGCUGCCACAGCGGGGGUACUCGCCCUCCUUGAGCUCUUGUGUGCGAGCUUCAGCUCCGGAAAUGUCACCUUCCUUCUCCGUGACCAUUGGAAUAACACCUUCGAGGCUCCCCUGCACAGGUCCUCUCUGAGUGGUGUGCAGGUUUUCUUCAACCAGCAGCUUCGGGAGCCCGGCGUCUGGAGUUCAGACUGCAGAUCCUACGACGAGUUGGGCUGGGUCUCGUCCGUGACGAGCGUCCAACUUCUGGUGCUUGCGGGCAAGCUGUGCGGCUCGGAGGAGGAACUGCUGGGGCUCCUGCCGCACGUACGAGGCCAGCGCCUGCUGCACAUAGGCAAUCUGGAGGCCCCGGAGCCCAGCUUUUUGACCUCCCUCCAUCCCUCCGAUUGGACGGAUGGCUACCUUGCCCGUGCCUGCAAACUGCUGCAGAGCUGGUCCAAGUCAUGGUGGGAUGAAGUCGACGCCGACAAUGCCUGCCAAAGCCGAGUUCCUCAGUUCCUCCCAAGCCGGGUCCCCGCGCUGCAGCGCCGGCGGCUCACUUUCACCGGCCUUUGUGCGGGCAGGGGCGGAGAGCCAGUGCAGUCCUGCUGCUUUGACAAUCAGUGUUCCUCUUUUGUGACCCUGACUGGUGAUGGCGAUGUGGACUGCUACACUCCGCUACUACUUGAAGGUUACCAUGCCGUCAGCAUCCUCCUGCGCAAUGGUACAAGUGUGGCAGCGGAAGCCUGGCUUUUCGCGUCCUGGCGACGAAAUGUCUUGGACGCCAGCCGACGCUCCAAUAACUUGGACUCCUACGGCUUUGUGCGAUGGAACUCUUGGGUCAGCUUCCGCUACCGACUGGACACAGCUGGCACCUUCUGCUGCGACUUGGUGGCUUUGGGGAGCAAGCGUCAGGUUUUGGGCCGAAUUGGAGCCCCGGAGUGCCACUCGACUCGAAACCGGUGGUACUGGUGGCGAAGAUUCCAGCGCCUUCCCAGUAGCCUAAACCAUCCGAAGCCCUUCCCAGAAACGGUCGCCGUCUUUGCCUGGCGCUGCUAUCGACCACCCCAGCUGCAGCUGGCAGACGGGCGGAGUGACCUGGUGGCCGAGCCGGCCUUUAGCCUCAAUGCGCAGACCAGCGCCAGCACCAGCACCAGCAGCACCGGAGCCGUUGAGGCCAUUCAGGAGGUUACGUGGAAUUGGAUGCACCGCGUCGAGACCUUCGAGAUGUCGGCCGCAGAUGCUGCCGCGGGCCUGAAUUCCACCAGUGCGAUGCGGGCGGUGCGAGAAGCUCUCAAUGAGGCCGGGCUCCACACUGCCCAAGGCGACCGGAAGGUGUGCGAAGACCAAGACGUGCCCGAUGCCUUCGGUAGGUGUUUCUGGGCUUGGAGCUCGGAUGCCAAAGAUGCAGGGCCCCAUCUCAUUCGACUGGGCUUCAGGAUGAUCGAAACCGAUUGGGCAGAGAUUGAAAAGAGCGCCCUUCGGGGCGAUGUCUUGAUUCUGCCGGCCUUCAAUGCGACAAAUGUGUCCAAUACUUCGACCUCGACCUUGUCUUCUUCCUUCGGCUUCGUCACCAUCUAUGCUGGCGCAGGCCUAUGGAGAUCGGAUGCCUCCUACAACUUGGGCAUAUUGUCCGAGAUGCAGAUUCAAUCGCAGGGCAUGCCCUGCCUGUACAGGCUGCAGGAGAACGUGGAGCUUUCCCCGGAAAACGACGAGUACUUCAGCCCUCUUCCAGUGAAGUCGGACAUCUUGUCUCACAAGACGGCUCGCAAAGAGGUUUUGCGCGCAUGGUACUCGGACGUGGCCGAGAUGGAGGCUGCACGCGCGGCCGCCGAAGACCUGCACACACGGCGGCCCUGUCCGUUCCUUUGGCUGCCUCGAACAGCCAACACUGCAGGCAACCUUCCGAGGCAGAUGCAGGGAGUUGGCUUGAAUCCGAGGUGGCAGACUCGCAACCCCGCCUGCUUCCGGGCGCCCCCGCGAUCCAGCUCGUCUUUCGGUGUGCAGUGCUGCUACGACUUCAACCGCUUCAUCCAAGCCUGGCCCUCCAUGGUCCUGGGCGGUGGAGACCCGUGGAAGUGGGCGCAGGAGCGGGAUGCCGAAGACCUUCGGCACCGGGACCCCGAGAUACUCGAGAGCAGGGCCACUCCCGUGAGCCAAGAAAGGAGCAUCAAUAUCUGCCCCUUGACGGCCUUUGAGGGCAUCUCCCGGGUGGUCUCCUCGCGCUUCGGGCAUCUCGAGGUGUUCUGGGAUCCAGUGGAGAAGUCGAACCACUCGGUGAGGUAUGCCUUGCUCUACAGCAAAGACCCAAGUGCCCUUGAGAUCCGGCCGGAAGACUUGCUGCAAAACCGCUCCAAUGCCACUCUACUAAUCUUCGAUGAUGUGACAAGUGUCGACCUCCAGGAGACGGCUACGGAGGACCCACUCUUCCUCAGGGCCGUCGCCUUCCUUCCGGGCGGUUGCAUGUCCCAGAACGGCGAAGUGGCAAAGAUCGUCAUGGCUCCUGCGGACCCCGUGCUAUCCAACAUCUCUUUGGCGGAGGUGGAUCCGCGCGAGGGCUUGGAGGUGGCGCUGGCCACAAACGACUCCCACUCCAUCGUGACUCUGGUGUCCCAGAAUCGGUCCUUGCCAAACCUGGGGCCUGGCGACUAUCUGAGUGGCAGGAGCAAUGCUGGGGAGCCGUUCCUGAUCUUGCUGGAGGCCGUCGAUGAAUUGGACACGCGGCUGGAGGUCGCAGGUCGUCCGGCCGAGCUCCAUGAGGUCUACCAGCGCCUCCACUUGAAUGCAUGGGUCAGAGCUUCCGACGUGCAAGAGCUGAGACCCCAAGAGGUGAACAUCUCUUGCCAGCUGCAUCCGGAAGCUCAGCUGGCUCUGCAGCUGACCCUUGCGCCAGACUUCUCGGAAGUACAGGUGGCGACCGACCUGAAGCUGUCCACAGCCUGCCAGUCACUCCUCGAACCCGAGGAGUCCUCUGCUCCCGGUGGUUUUGGCUUCGGUGGCCUUCUAGACUUUCUCAUGACGACGACGAGUGCCCCAGACCUGUGCGCCGCCCCAGGGCAGUGCAUUGUGUACGAGGGCUACGAGUACCGGACCUUGGACGGCACCUUCCCAGACAGCACUUCUGCAGGAUACCAGGAUUACUGGCUGCCUCUGCCGGAUGGCUGGGAGAUCGCUCCGUGGGAGGAGGAUGUGCGGGCUGUGGCGGAGGGACACCCGUGGGGCGCGCACCGCAUCGUGCACAGCAGCACCACCCGCGAGCACUGCAGCUGCACUCCCCUUUACACCUCCUGUGAGUGCUCUUGGGGCAGCGGCCGGGUCUACGCCACUCGGACGAUCGACAACGUCACGGAGUACAAGACCUCCCACAACGACCGCAUCUUGAUCCGGCGGCCUUCAGGAACCACGACCCGGAACCAGUCCAUGUCUGCGUCGUCCACCCAUUCCUUCAAGCUCCUUCCGGCAGUGUUCUUGAAGCUGAUGCCACGUCUCAUGCUGAAUGCGAGUGCAACAGCCUCUGCUCAGCUGGGCGCGCACCUCACGGCAACUUUCACGCGCUCCCUCCACGUCACAGGACACUCCAACGGCACUUGGAGCUUGGACGAGAGUGCCCAAGGCCAGGACGGAGGUGUGCAGCCGACGGUCUUAGCACGUGGCGCGGCUUCCGCCAACGUCAGUGUUGGCUUCGGCUAUGAGGUGCUCCUCAGUGGCUUCGGCUUCGAGGCAGCCUUCAGUCCCAAGCUCAAGCUGGAGGCCCUCGUCGAGGACGAGGAAAACUCGGGAAGUUCUGAGGUGCUCUCCGUGCUUGAGCUAGACUCCGACCAGGGAAAUCUGGAGCUCCGCUACCUCUGCCAGGAGGAGGUUGGGGGGCUCUUCGUUUCAUUUCAGCACCUUUGUGCCCAAGCAUUGGAGCUCUCGCCUUCUGUGAACUUGAGCACCAAGCUCUUCAGCCUCCAGGACCUCAAGGUCACCAACGUGCCUGGCUCCACGUGUUCAUUUACAGUGCCAGGGGCGGAAAGGUUGACGCCGAGUGGCUUGCAUUUGUGGCUUCUCAACUCCACGCGUACCCAAGUCUUGAGCUCCAAUGCAGAGCCCGUGGUGUCGCUCCAACGUGAGGCGAGAGUGGAUGCUGAUACCACCAGGGAUGCCAUCGUCUACCAGCUCUCCUCGACCGCGUGGCCUUCAGUGAGCGUUAUACUUCGGAAGGACCUGAAAGGCGUGGGUGGUCUCCUGAACUGCGAGGCAGCCUUGUAUGACGUCCCGGCCCUUCCGAUCCGCCCGGUGCCCGGGGCCAGCAACGAGGUCUUCGAGAAUACUGAGUGGACCCGGCCAAGGCCGCCCGGAGGGGGUUGGGGUGACCCCCACUGCAUGACCUAUGACGGCCUCACUUUCGAGUGCAACUUCCUUGGAGAGGCAGUUUGGACGCGCUGCGGCGUCUUUGCCGUGCACGUCUUUACAGAGCAAGCCAACGGCACCCAGGCGACUGUAAUCAAGGGAGUGGCAGUCCAGGAGGGGGAUGAUGUUGCCUACGCCAUUCUCAACGAUGACAACAGCUCUUCCGACUCUCUAUUUGACGCAUACCUGAACGGUGUGCUCAAUGAGCUGGUGAGCGAGAACAUCACCGCUGAGCUGGACGACGACAUGCUCUCCUUGCAAACGGCCGCCGGCCACGAAGUCCUGGCUGUAUUCCAUUCUACACACAUCUUCCUUCAGAUCACGGCAUCCGAGGAGUGCUUCAAUAAGACUGAAGGGCUCCUGGGAAAUAACAACGGCGACCCAACGGAUGACCUCCAACCAUUCAACUCCAGCGAGCUCCUUCCGUCCAAUUCCGCUGUGGAGGACAUCUAUCAGAGGCACGUCCUCUCUUGGUGCAUCGAGAACCUGGAGUUGUCCCUCUUCCCUGUCGACCACUUCCACUCUUGCAACCGCCUCUUCUCGCCCCUCCUUUCUUCGGACCUCGACUCCUGCCCAGCGCUCUGUGAUGGUGACCUUUCCUGCUGCUUCGACUAUGCGGCGGUCGGCGAGGAGCUCGCACUGGCGUCUCUUGCGGAUGGCCAGGCGGUGGUCGAAACGCAGAGCCAGGCAGUGUCCUUCAACGCGACGGAUCCCCCCUUCUUCGCUUCCUUCCCCACAGAGGUCUUCUAUGAGCCAAGUGCGGCACCCAUGACGCAGGUAGCAGUCUCUGCUGUGGCAUCCGGUGCAGGCACAAUCCAGAACCUCUCGUGCUCGCUCUGUGGUGGUUUUGGCUCUGUGGCCUGUGAAGUCUAUGGCUUGGGGGAGAAGAACGCUUCUUUGGCAGUUAGAGGCACCGAGUUGCCCUUGGGCCUCUUCGAUUGCUCCGCCCUGGACGCAUACGGUCUGGUGGCCCUCGGUGCUGCCAACGUGCUCGGGCCCAGGACCAGCACCUCUACCACCUCGACAACCACCCGCACCACCGCCACGUGGACCACGCAGACAGCCACCACAGAAAAGGUGGAGACCACGACCACGGAGACAAUGGCCUCCAGCACAACCACCCGCACCCCGAGCGGCCCGAGCGUGUCUGAGUCGGCGUCCACAACGACCGCGCAGUCCGGAACCACCUCGACAGCUUCGGAAGCGGUGGCGUUCUCCGGCUCCUUCGAGGUGGUCGUGGACGACCCUGCCGCCUUCGCGACUUCCCAGGCGGUCCUGCGAGCUGUGGAGGCAGCGGUCUCCCAGCUCUUCGGCCUGGCGGAUGUCGGCGUUGCUUUGGACGUGGGCUCCAACUCCUCCAGUAGGCGCCUUGGGGUGGACGGUGUGGUGCGGGUGCUGUUCUGGGCGAACUAUGACUUGACCGCGGCGAAGCUCGAGGAGCUGGACACCCGAUCCGCGCAACUCGAUGCUCGCUUUAGGGAGGAGGCGUUGUUGCUCCUGAACGCAGCCAUCACAGAGGAGCUUGGACUGGAGGCAUCCCUGUACCAGAUUCAGGGCCUGCAGAGCUUCACCGCUCAUGUGGAGCGAGACCCAAGAGAGGGAGAUGCUUCGACCUCUCGUCCCUCGUUCGAGCAGACAUCGGACCAAAGCGGCAGUGGAGUCGGAGUCGUCUUUGCCGUCCUCGGCGUCCUCGUGUGCGGCAUCUCCGGCUUUGCCAGCAUCUUCUACCUCUGCGCCGGUCGUGAUGCCGACAAGGUCGCUCCGAGUACCGAUGUGGUUGAGACCGUGUGGCCCGAGAGUUCCGAGGUUUCCGACUUGAGAGUUGCUGCGCAAGCAGCAGAAACAGUGCAGCCGCGGCCGCCGGCGCAGCCGGAGCCCACACAGCCCGAGGUCAUGGUGAGCAUCGAGGUGGUUCCGGAUGCGGAUGUUGUGACCGAGCCAGCUCAGCGCGAGCACCUGAGUGAGAGAUUGGCUGGAGGAGCUUCGGAAGUCUCCAAAGCGACGGUACCCGAGACUCCUUUGGAAUCGAUCGAGGCAGCGAGGGCGCCAGAGGUGUCGGUUGCCGCAGUCUCACUGCUCAAUGAGGAGGCAGUUCCCAUCCCUUCUGGUGUACGCCCAGUUGACGCUCGGACAUGCGUGAGCUCUGCCUCACAUGUGGUGCAUGCCACGACUAGCACCACGACGCCCACGACGGCGAAAGUGCCAGCCAAGGAGAAGGUCGUUCCGAAGGUUACUGUCAAGGCCCGUGUGGCCCACGCUCCCCAAGCCGUGAAGGCCGUCAUGGAUGCGAACGAGCCACCAGGGCUGCAGCCCCCUCCCACACAGCCUCCGCAGCUUCCCGUGUCUGCUUGCGCAUUGGAUCGCAAGACGAUCCGAGCUGCAACGGUGAUUGUCAGGGGAGGCGCAACCGCAGCCAGAGCCGGCCAAGCAGUCACGCCGAAGGAGCCCAGCACCGCCGCUCCCCUCCUGCCGCUGGGUGACGCCGGCCCACCAUCGGUGGCACCCGAGCCCUUCUGCUCGUCAAGUUCACAAGUGUGGGAGGACAUGCCCUAG